AUGCCCAAACUAAAGUUCAAAGGAGACGACGAGAGGGAUGGGAAGAGAGAGCGGAAGCACAGGAAACGGGAAAAAAGGAGACACGACCAAGGCGAUGACCAUGGACACCGUUCGAAACGACGUCACACGGAGGCCGACAUGGAUACGGGCAGGGCUCGGAAGUGGGCUUCCAGUGACGACGAGGAGAUGCCUGGACCAAUGCCUAGCGGUUCGGGACCAUCAAGGGGCCAAGAUGGAUACCGGUCGACGACGGACGAUGAUACCCUGCGUGCCGAGGUGGAGGAACGGAUGUUUCGAGAGAAGAUGUUUGAUGCACUGGGAGAGGAUGAGAGGUUGGAUGGGAUAGAGGCUCAAUUCAACGAUUUCAGUGACUAUAUUCAUAUCCCCCAUCGGGGAAAAGUGGAUCCCACCUCUUUGGACGAUGAUGAGUAUGCCGAGUGGGUUCGCCUUGGGAUGUACCGGAAAACGCAUGCGGCAGAACAUGCUGAACGACUGCGGCGAAAGGCUGCUGCUGAAGAGCGGCGUGCUGCAGAGAAGGCUCGGAGGCGGGAAACAAGGAGAUUAGAACGGUUAGAGGCGGAGGAACGGGAGGCUAGAAGACAAGAGCGUCGGGCGAAGCGGGUGGAGAAUGCAAGGGUCGAGUAUCAGUCUCGAUGGAAGAGGCUUCUUGAAGAAAAGAACAAUCAGGACGUGCUCCGCUUCCACGACAUACCGUGGCCUAUCGCCGCUGCCUAUGACAAAAACAAAGACGGAUCCAAUGCGGUCCUGGCGGCAGACGCGUUCACAAAGGAAGCAAUUUCGGCCUUUCUUCUUCCAUCUGAAGGUGAAGAUAAACGGGAGCGCAAGGAAAGACUUCGGGAAAGCUUUCUGCGGUUCCAUCCUGACAAGUUUGAAGGGCGCUUCAUGCGGCGGAUACGGUCUGAGGACGAGGCUGUUAGUCGCUGUAGUAGAAUACAAAAGACUUAA